GCCAGCUGGUUUCGAGCAGCAUUGUGGCAAACACUUGGAAGCACACGGACUCAGGCGAAGACUUCCGAAGCGCAUCCUGCGAGUGAGGCCGACUAUCAUCUGGAAGACCCGCAGAGCUUGGCCGCAUUCCUGAAGCAUGCGGACAUUCGUCUGGUCCGUGCGGAGUAUUUGUGCGAGCUGCGAAGCCAGAAGAAGCUGCUACCCCGACGCCAGGAAGCUGAAGAGUGGGGCCUGGUGAGCCACGAGGAAGUGAGCAACUGGGCCGCCGGAGCCCGGGAUGCGAUGAUCAUAUCGAUCUCACAUGCCUGGGAAACCCGUGAGCACCCAGAUCCCUGCGGCGACCAGUUGAACCGGCUGGUGGACCGCUUGUGUCUUUACGGUGCUGCAUACUAUUCCCAUAUCUGGCUGUUUUACGACUACAUCUCGCUUUUCCAGUUCGAGCGACAGACGCCCGCAGAAGAAGAGAGUUUCCGGCGGUCCAUGAGCCAUAUGCAUGUGCUCUAUGCUCACGACUGCAACUGGACCUUUCGACUGGAAUCUCUCACCCCAGACGAUGUUUGGGACGCCGCAUUGAAGAACUCGGAGCAUCUCGUGACCGUGUAUGAUGCGACAAGCAAGACCGUCCGAGGCCGGCCCCUCAAGGAGCUGGUCGCCAACAGAGUCCCUUAUCGAAGUAGGGGGUGGUGUAAGGCAGAGGUUGAGUGGUCCUCUUGCAGGAGCAGGUCCGUACAAAACCAGCGGAUCGACGCUCCUGAGUGGCAAGGUGACUCUGACAGUGACUCUGAAAGGGACGUUUUGCGGGGCAAAGUCGCAAUGGCGCCGGAAGUGUUCGAAGCAGACAUGGCGAAAGCCGAAUUCACACAUCGAAACGAUGCCACAGCAGUGCUAAAGCUGCAGCGGAAGGUUUUCCACCAGAAAGCCUCGGUGUGCGAAGAGGCGCUGCUGGAAAAUCAGCCGAAGGGCGAGCUGUUUCAGCUGGCCAAAGCUUUGGCCCACUACAAAAUGCUCAAGGUCCUGCGCCUACGCAACAUCGAGGUGGAAGAUGAGGAUGCCGACGAGUUCGCGAAGGCUCUCGCUCAGAACAACACGAUCACGGAGCUGGAGAUAAAGGUCGCUGAGUCCGGUACGCGUCAGUGCACGGUCCUCUGCGAGGCCCUAUCAAAAGCAUUGAAGACCAACACCACCCUCACCACGAUCGACCUCCGUCAGAAUACCAUCUUAGGCGGUAGCCUCAAGGCCCUGGCAGAGGCAUUGACCACCAACCGCACCCUCACCACACUGAAGCUGGAGUACCAGGGCGGCGGUUACGAGUACUACAUGGCUAUACGAAGGGCUCUCGACACCCGGAAAGUGAGCACGCAGCCCAACCCUGGAGAUGCGACUUCAGCACCGGCUAAUGGUUGCACGGGAAAAGUGCGCAUCGAGGCGCUCGCAUCAAAACUGAAGAGCAACCGCAUCCCCACCAAGCUGGACUUCGCUGAUUCACAGAUCGGAGCCGUGGGGGGCAUGAAGGUUUUGGCAGAUGUGUUGAAGCUGGGUCGCAGCAUCGCCGAGAUAGAUCUCAGAAACAAUCCUACCUACCUGGACUGCCAGGUCCUGGCUGAUGCAUUGGUGACCAACAGCACCCUCGCGACCAUUCGCCUCGAACAUAAUCGCAUCAACGCGAAGGGCAUCAAGGCCCUUGCGGAUGCAUUGAGGAUCAAUCGCUCCCUCACUAGCCUCAACAUCGGAUAUAAUGACAUCGGAGACGAGGGCUGCAAGGCGCUUGCAGAUAUUUUGAAGAAGAACACCAACAUUGCCAGCCUCAGCCUUCAGGGAAAUUGUAUCGGAGAUGAGGGCUGCAAGGCGCUGGCCGAGGCAAUAUUGGUGACCAACAGCAACUUCGCUACCAUCGAGCUAGAAUAUUGCCUACACGGCGUGGGCUGCAAGGCCCUUGCAGAAGCAUUGAGGUCCAACCCAACCCUCCGUGCUAUCGACCUCGACGACAACGAUAUCGGAGACGAGGGCAUCAAGGCCCUUGCAGAAGCUUUGAUCGCCAAUCGCAACAUCACCGAAGUAAGUCUCCAGAGAAACGUCUUCCAAGACGAGGGCAGGAAGGUCCUGGAAGAGCUAUCGAAGAUCAGCAGCACACUCGACCUCAGAUGGUACGGUGGAACAGAAGUUCCAGCGUAUGCCUGUUUCAACCAUGACUACCUCUUCACUACGCCUACGUCUACGUGUCUUCAAGUCUUCUGCGAAUUCGCAAAUUUCUGCGGUCGCCUGUUCACCGCGGCGUAG